AUGGCGCCCUCUCAUGCGGUAAGAUGCUGUCAGCGGGGUUUAUCCUGGAUACCUGUGAUUUUCAUCAACCUGGUCGUUUGCUGGUCCUACUACGCGUACGUGGUGGAGCUCUGCAUCUACACAAUCCCGAACGUGGACGAGCAAGUUAUUUAUCUGGUAGUCUUUCAUGCUUUUUUCUUCAUGUUCAUGUGGUCCUACUGGAAGACCAUCAGUUCCAAGCCUACCAACCCCUCAAAAGAGUUCUGUCUCCCUAAGGCUGAGAAAGAGCUGUAUGAGAAAGAGGAGAGACCAGAGGCCCAGCAGGACAUCCUGAAGAGAGUGGCCAGAGAAUUACCUAUAUAUACAUUCACAGGAUCUGGGGCUAUACGCUACUGUGACCGUUGCCAAUUGAUCAAACCGGACAGAUGUCAUCACUGCUCGACCUGCGACAAAUGUGUCUUAAAAAUGGAUCACCACUGUCCAUGGGUCAAUAACUGUGUUGGAUUCUCUAACUACAAGUUCUUUGUGCUGUUUCUGGCCUACUCUAUGCUGUACUGCGUCUAUAUCGCCGCCACAGUUUUGCAGUACUUUAUCAAGUUCUGGACAAAUCAGCUGCCCGACACUCAUGCAAAGUUCCAUGUGUUGUUCCUGUUCUUCGUGGCAGCCAUGUUCUUCAUCAGUAUCCUGUCACUCUUCAGUUACCACCUGUGGCUUGUGGGGAAAAACAGAACCACUAUAGAGGCGUUCAGGGCACCGGUGUUCAGAAAUGGCCCAGAUAAGAAUGGCUUCACGUUGGGUUUCCGCAAGAACAUCACCCAGGUGUUCGGAGACCAGAAGAAGUAUUGGUGCUUGCCCAUUUUCAGCAGUUUGGGUGAUGGUUACACCUUUCCUACCCGCCUAGUCACUGUUGACGCGGAGCAUGGCAACAUUGAACAUCAAACCAUUAAAUGCACUGUUGAUGGACAGACUAACGCCAGACCUUUGAGUGAGUCUCAGAAUCAUCUGCUCUGCAGUGAUGAGGGCCAGAAGGACAGCAGCAUGGCCGCCAUUGAGGUGUGUCAGCCUGUUUGUGUGACCUUGGAGAAUGAGUCCUAAUCAGGACUUUUCAGUGGCACCGGGACAUUUUUCCUCUCUUCAGGAUAUACUGUUGUCCUAUAAGACCUCACGUGGAAGACCGCAGAGCCCUCAGAUACAAUGCCUUAAGGUUAGCAUUAGCAUUAUCUCCAGGAAAGACCAGCGCUCUGGUGGAUGUUUAUGUAUCCGCACAGACUCUUAAGCUCUUCACACCAAACGGAUCUUUAUGACACCAUUUCUCCAUCUGUAUUUGUUUGACCAAAAUACCCUAAGAUGACCUUCAAGUUUGAUUCUUAGUCCUAAAUACAAUGGUUAAUCUCGGGGACUGCUUUAUUUAUAUAGGCCAAAAAGUCAGCCUGGCGUUUUUACCCAAGAUGCACUUUCGUGUGGAAUGAUUUUGCAGAUGUUUACGGAUCUAAAUUAACACGUGCGAGUGCAAUGCAGUAUUUGAUCAGAAUGUGUUCAUUCACUACAGCAGCAUCACCUCAACUAAUACUGUAGAUUAUUUAGUAGGUGUUUUCUAAGUGUUAAUUCUGAAGGAAGUGCAAUGAGGUGUUUAAUACUUUAGAUAAUUACAAAACUGGAACUCUAUAUAGUGUUUAAUAGCUACCUUUCUUUUAAUAUAUAUACAACUAUACCCAUUAAUUCACACUAAGGUUUUUUGUUUUAGCUCAUGCCCAUCAGCAUUAUACUAUCAGCUUUGUGCCUUCAGUUCAGGGUUAGGAUCUGCAGCAGAUGGUGUGAAUCAUGAUGUUAAAGGGAAAGUUCACUCAAAAAUAGGGUUGGGUAUCGUUAGAAUUUCAUCAAUGGCGAUUCCACUUAUUGAUUCCUAGUUUUUAUUUCAUUGUAAAACAUAAAAUAAAAUAUAAAGUCAUUUAGGCCCUGUUCACAAGGGAAUUCACGUUAGUUUUAAUCAGUCUGAUCACUAAUGGACAAACACUUUACAGUGAGGUUGUAAUAGAUAAUGUUAGUUAAUGCAUUCACUAACAUGAACAAACAAUGAAGGAAACAUUUAUUACAGUGUUUGGUCAUGUUUGUUAACCUUUGUUAAUGCAAAUGAAGUUGUUCAUCUUAACUCGCAGUGCAUAAACUAAUGUCGACAAGCAUGAAUUUGGGUUUUAAUAACGCAUUAGUACACGUUAAACUAUGAUUAAAAAAUGCUGAACGUGUGUUAUUCAUUAUUAGCUGAUGUUAGUAAAUAAUGAAGCCUGAAGUGUGACCAAUGGGCAAAGAAGACACACUAUAUAGGCGACUGAUGCAACAUUUAUAUUUUACAUGAAAAAAAAUCUUAAUUAGCAUUUGCAGAUCAAUGAAACACACUUCAUCAAUAAGCUAGCCUACUUUAUGCAUUAAAUAAUGA